AUGGAAGUUCAAAAUGGAGUAAUGACUGAAAACGAAGCACGCCAAAUGUAUCAAAAGACAACAGCUUACUUAGGAACUGGACCUUUAUGCUUGUUUCAGUUGGCUAAAUUUGUUGGUGGCUCAGUAAUCAGCUUGUUUAGACCCAUGAUCGUUCCACCAAUCAAUAUGAAAGCUCACGUUUGGAAACAUACCAUGCUUCCCGUACAAACGUUCAUGCUUGCAGCAAGUAGCCACGGACUUGAUACAUGUCCAAUGGAAGGGUUUGAUGAAAGACGAGUGCGUGAAAUUGUUGGACUACCAUCGAAUUUCUCAGUGCCAGUGAUUGUCUCUCUCGGUUACGCGUCCGAUCAUCCAAUCAAUCAUAAACCUCAAUCUCUCAGAAUACCACCAGAAGACCAAUAUUUCGACAAUCAAUAUGGAAAACAAAAGAAGGAUGUUCAAUCAUUUAAUGACACGGUUCUCAAAUCAAACAAACAUGCUCAUGAAUAA